AAUGUUCGAUCGCAGGAAGUGUGUUUUAAGGAAACAGCAAGGCUGUUGUUCGCUUUAUGUUUGUUCUUAAACUUGGAAGAACGUGGAGUGAUGUUAUUUACGCUGGCCUGAAGAAAACGUACAGCCGACUACUCUAGUGCCUGACUGAGAUUGGAUUUUUAACGCAAAGUUCAAUCUUUGCCUUCGAACUACAUAAACGAUGGGUUCGUCUAAGAAACACAAGGAAAAGAGCCGCGAUAAGGACACAGAGGAGCGGCGUCGUGAACAUAAGAAACAUCGCCACAAGGAGCGCGACAGAGACACUUCGGACCGAGACAAGGAGAAAAGAAAGCGCUCCAGGUCCAGGGAAAGAAGCAGACGGGAGAGCCGUGGGAAGGGUGAAAGGAGCAGCGGGGAACCACGAGUGAAGAAGGAGAAAGUAGAUGCGGGAUUUGAGGAAAGCAAUACUGAAGUGCAGCCUCAAUCUGCGAGCGGAGAUGCAUCUCUCAGCAUCGAGGAAACAAACAAACUCAGGGCAAAGUUGGGUCUGAAGCCUCUGGAACUGAAUGAGAACAAGAAGGAGCUUGGGACCAAAGAGGAACCCAUGGUUGCAGAGACCAUCAACCCCGUGGUCAUCCAGCAGCAGAAAGAGAUGAGAGAGAAGCUUGCAGCUUUGAAGGAAAAACGCAUACUCAACCAGAAACUGGGGAAAGUCAAAACCCUAGCUGAGGAUGACUGGCUGGAUGACACAUCCUCCUGGGUCGAGAGAAGCAGAAAGCUGGCAAAAGAAAAAGAAAUGGCAGAGAAAAGAGCCAAACUUCUGGAAGAGAUGGAUGAAGAGUUUGGUGUCAGCAAUCUGGUAGAGGAGGAAUUUGCCCAGAUUAAACAGGAUGCGUACACAUCUCGAGAUUUAAAGGGACUCAAAGUGCAGCACAAAGUCGAGUCUUUCUCUGAGGGCCAGACUGUCAUCCUGACCCUAGAAGACAAAGGUGUUUUGGAAGAGGAGGAAGAUGUGCUGGUAAACGUAGGACUGGUGGACAAGGAAAAAGCAGAAAAGAAUGUGGAAUUAAAAAAGAAAAAGCCAGAUUACAAACCUUACGAAGAAGAGGAGAGUGUUGACGACAUGGUUUCGUUUAAAUCUCGCUCUGUUCUGUCAAAGUAUGAUGAGGAAAUUGAAGGUGAGAAGAAAAAGAGCUUCCGGUUGAAUACAGGUGGUUUCGCCGAUGGAGAGCGAGAGCGCGAGCUCCAGGCCAUGAAAGAAAUGCUGCGAAAUCAGGCCCAGUCCUUGGAAAUGCCUGCGCUCUCUAUCGCCUCAGAGUACUACACACCACAGGAAAUGGUGGGCUUUAAAAAGACAAAACGUAGAGUGAAGAAGAUCAGGAAGAAGGAGAAGACAUCCACUGCAGAUGACCUUCACCUCGAUGACACCCGCAGCUCUGACUUUGGCUCCAGGACACGUGGCCGAGGCCGCAAACAGGAGGAUGAUGAAGACCAAGAAGUAAAGAAAGAGGAGAAGGUGGUGACGCAUGAAAUCCCCCUGCUGUCUGACGACAUCAGGAUGGCAGAAAUGGACAUAAGCGACGAUGAGGAAUUUACCCCUCCUGAGCCAGCUGUAAUUGAGGAGGAUGAGGCAGAGCAGGAGCUGCAGAAGCAGUUGGAGAAGCAGAGGAAGCUGAAGCAAAUGCAGCUCCUGAAAGACUCUGGGGCGAAGGUGGCAGAGCAGGUUAAGAAGCUUGUUAAAGAUGACAACGAAGACGAUCCUGACAAGAGGAACAACAUUGUUUUCAAUGCUACCUCAGAGUUUUGCAGAACCCUGGGUGAUAUCCCAACAUACGGACUGUCAGGCAACAGAGAGGACCAGGAAGACAUUAUGGACUUUGAACAGGAGGAGGAAAAAGAUGAUGCUGGAGGUUCAGACUCUGAUAUGGAUGAGAAUGUUGGAUGGAGCACAGUUAACCUGGAUGAGGAACAAAAACAACCAGAUUUCGCCACAGCCUCUGCCACCAUUUUGGACGAGGAGCCCAUCGUCAACUCCGGCCUCGCUGCUGCCCUGUUGCUGUGCAAAAAUAAGGGUCUGUUGGAGACUCAAAUGCAGAAAGUAGCACGUGUCAAAGCGCCAAAAGGCGCCCUGCCCAAUGGUGACUACUGCAUUGAGGACAAGAUGGGCUUUGAUGACAAGUACAGCCGCAGAGAAGAAUACAGAGGCUUCACGCAAGACUUCAAGGAGAAGGAUGGCUACAAGCCUGACGUCAAGAUUGAGUACGUGGACGAGUCUGGGCGGAAACUCACUCCAAAAGAAGCUUUUAGGCAGCUCUCCCAUCGAUUCCACGGAAAGGGGUCUGGAAAAAUGAAGACCGAGAGGAGGAUGAAAAAGCUAGAGGAAGAGGCGUUGCUGAAGAAGAUGAGCAGCAGCGAUACCCCUCUGGGAACUGUGGCUUUACUGCAGGAGAAGCAAAAAUCCCAGAAAACACCAUAUAUUGUGCUUAGUGGGAGUGGAAAGAGUAUGAAUGCAAACACCAUUACUAAAUAAACAUUAGGGGAGAAGUGUAUUAUAAUUGUGUAUAAUUAACGUAGAAACAUUCACGUGCAUAGAUAAAAUACACCACACACAUACACAUCUUUUAAUUAAUGUCUACAAUUUAAUGUCGUAGUUUAUAGAAGCUGCAUUGUUGUGUUGAAGAAUUGUUCAAUAAAAUCAGUACAAUUCA